CAUAGUAAUAGUGUUAAUUUUGUUAUUCGUAAUCUCGAAUUUAUUACCUAUUGUUUUUCGGAAUCGCGUGUAUAAGUAGAUUAUAGAACCCCUAUUCCGAUUAGAUUUUUGUUAGCAAAAUUUAAGAUGUCGGCCGAAGAAGAGGAGAACGCCGCUGAGCUCAAAAUACCCGAUGAAUUUUUGAAAGCCAAAUGUCUUAUGAAUUGUGAAGUUUCCCUUAUACUUGAACAUAAAUAUGAGCAGCUUCAGCAGAUGGCUGAUGAUCCAAUGAAUCAGAUGUCUCAGGUGUUUGAGAAAUCACUCCAAUAUGUGAAGCGUUUUAGCCGAUACAAGAACCCUGAUGCUGUCAGACAAGUUCGAGAAAUUCUUAGCAGAUAUCAGCUUGCUGAGUUCGAGCUCUGUGUACUUGGGAACCUCUGUCCCGAAACAGUGGAAGAAGCUAUAGCUAUGGUUCCGUCCAUCAAGACGAGAGGAAGAGCGCAUGACGAUGAGGCAAUUGAGAAGAUGUUGAACGAUCUCUCCUUGAUCAAAAAAUUUGAGUAGUCAUCUUUUUUGUUGUUGUAAGCAUAUGGCAUUAAAUUGUGGCCAUAAAAUACAUAUUUUAGGGAUUGCAAUUUACUUAUUUCGAAUCCAGCUUGAAGUAUUUAUGUUGUAUGCUUUGAUAAUAGGAUUCUGAUGAGAUUUCAGUAUAUUAUUAUCAUUCCCUCA